AUGUCUCUGUAUGUGAACAUCUUCACACUGUCCAUGUUAGGAGCCCUCACCCUGCCUCUGUGUGCUCAAUGUUGUGAGUUUCCUGUGAAGUUAAGCGGUCACACAGUGCUGACGUCUGUUGGAAAAGGACUGAAAAUGGCCUGCCCUCUCCAGUUCUGUGAUGGUGCCUCUCCAAAGGGGACCUGGUUUAAACUGGAGACAGAAGGUUUGACACCCGUGAACCUGAGUGAGCGCGUUACAACAGAGUGGACAGUGAUACAUGAUAAUGAAGGAAUAUUAUUUUUGAACUUCCAUAAUGUGCUAAGCAGUGACUCAGGACUUUAUCAGUGUCAGAGUGGAUCAGAUAGGAGCUAUAUCAUCAAACUUUCUGUCUGUGAGGCUGAUGUCCACCACUACACAGUUUGUCACACUACAGCUGGAGGGGCUCUAAAUAUUACCUGCCCAGUAACAGUAUGUGACAAAGCACUGCCAACUGUUUCCUGGUUUAAAUGUGAGUCAGACAGCCUUUUACCUAUGAACGUGAGUGAUCGUGUGACUACAGAGUGGACAAGAACCAACAGCUCCCAUGCUACGUCAUUUUUAAUCUUCCACGAAGUCCUCAGCAGUGACUCAGGGCGAUACCUGUGUAGAGGAGGCUCUGCAAAUCAUACCACAAAGAUUCAUGUUAUUGAUCCUCCAGCCCCUUACUAUGGCUGGUCCUUUCUGUACCGUUCAGUUGGGUUGAUCUUAUUCUUCAUCAUCAUUGCCAGUGUUUAUGUUGUACUAAAGAAACGCAAAGAUGUUGCAGAGCUCAAAGAUGUGAAGGCCUCAACUGUGAGAAGUACAAGUACAGACCCUUAUUACGACCCUUAUACACGCCUCAGUGAGCAGAAUCAUAUCUAUGAAAAUGUCCUGCAAUGUGUCUAAAUAUCAGUCCAUAUUAUUAACCAUUCAAAGUGAAUGACCCAUGUAUAUAGUUUAAAUGGGGUAACGGUUUUGAGGGUUCUAGAUGCAGGCAGGAUAUAUUGAAGAGGAAGCUGAACUUAACCACAGACACUUACCUUCACCUUACUGGAAAGAUUGAGUGUGCCAACAAUCAAAGUGUUAAAGUGAAUUUGA